CUUUCGUUUGCCAUUCUUCAACAAGCCCUUUUGCUUAGGAAACGAUUACUGUUUUCCUUAUUGGGAAGUUUCUAUUCAACUAACUUUACCAUGUAUUCAAAAAACCCAAGCUAUGACUUGGCAGCAUAUCCCGGCGACCCUCGUCGUCGUCUUCGUAAAAAUGUUCGAUUUGAAACGCCUGCUGAAGAUGAUGAGUAUCGUGAUUUUGAAGACAGUGAUAGUGAUGAUCCAAAAUUUGAAAACCGCGACCCUAGGAAACGCGUUGAUCCCAUUCAACACAUGCUACUCGUCCGCCAUCUCAACCGUGUCUCCCGAUCUUCUAAAAACAUUUUCCUGCUAACCCUUAUGUGCUUCAUUUUCUUCUUUUUCCUCUUAAUCGGUUUUAUGUCGUUUCGCUCCCAUGAAGGUCAUCCCUUUUCUUAAUCUGACGAAAUCAACUCCCCUUAAUAUGUCGAGGUAAAAAUGUCCGAAUUGUUUUCUUUUCCUUAUUCUCCCAGCCAUUUCUUUCAAUAUUCAAAAACGUCCUUUUUGCUUUUUACUGUAUCGCCUUCCGUGCGGCUUGUUCCGCCUUGUAAAUAAAGAUUCCUACUUACUGUUGAGUUACUGUUUUCAAUUUGUCCGAUCGUUUGUUCUUCUCUAGAUUAAGCCUUGGUAUGCCAUCCUACUUCUAACAUUCACAAUACUCCUACAAUAAUCUAAAUCAAUAUUCAUCUCCUUCACUUUAAUAGUCAAUAAUAAUGUAUUAGCUUCAGCGCGCA